AUGUCCUUCUUACAGGUUAUGCGCCCGUUCAUUAUAUUUGUAUUGGUUUUUGUGGUAGUCUUUGGUAUGAUUUCGAACUGGUAUAUGUUCAGAAUGAUGACAUUACCGGCUAUAACAGGAGGACUACUACUUCCUUGGUGUGGAUUUAUGUUUGGAUGUUUUAUGUCAAUUAUAACACGUCGUUCUCCAGAAGAUGUGACCGCUAUCGCCAUAGAGACGGGAGUCCAAAAUACAGGAAUUGCUAUUCUAGUCAUUAAGGCAUCUUUCUCACAACCAGAUGCGGAUAUUGGGGCAGUAAUUCCAGUGAUAGUUGCCUGUUUUACACCUGGUCCUCUGCUACUUGGUGCUUUCAUACAUUUGACAAUUAAAAUGGUGAAAAGAAGAUCGGCGAGUGUAUGCCCUCUUUUUAUAAUUUUACAAUUCCUAGUGAAAAUACUGGACUAA